UUUUCCCGCCAAUUACCUUCACCGUCUCCCUUCCCUCUGAAGCUCUCGAGCUUCUACUUCUCUUUGAUUCCUGACCACAUCCACUGUACGGACGACGGGGAAGAUGGUGUUUACAACCGCCGUAUCGGAGCCGAAGCAUGAUCUCAAGCGGAGCCUUAGCUCGAGAAACCCUAAAAAUGUCUACCCAAUUGGAGGCAUCCAAGUUGAGUUCCCGUACCAGCCAUACGGAACCCAGCUCGCGUUCAUGAGCCGAGUCAUAGCCACGCUUGAUCGCGCGCAGAGGGAAGGCCAUUGCCAUGCGCUGCUCGAGUCGCCGACCGGUACGGGCAAAUCUCUGUCGCUGCUUUGCUCGGUUCUGGCAUGGCAUCAGAACUACAAAUUACGGCUCCAGUUGGGCAUUGCCUCUCAAUCGAAACCGGCUCCGGAGGCAUUAGCCGAUCCUCUGAAUCACGGAGGCGGGUUUAUUCCGGAAACGCAGCCCUCAAGUACUCUUCCCGGGAAUCAGGAACAAGUUCAAGCUUCAGCAAACAAGAAAACAAAGAUACCAACUAUAUACUACGCAUCGCGAACACAUUCUCAAAUUUCUCAAGUAAUACGUGAAUAUCGGAAAACCGCAUACAGAGUACCCAUGGCAGUGUUGGCUUCAAGGAAACAUUACUGUACCAAUCGACAUGUGCAAGGGAAAGAGAAUGUGGAUGACGAGUGCCGGCUGCUCCUUAAAGAUAAGCAAAACAUACAAUGUCCUGAGUUCAAGAAUGUCCAUAAAGUCACAGGCCAUCCAUCACUUCAGAAGGGAGGUUAUAAUGAGGUUCAUGAUAUCGAAGAUCUUGUGAAAAUUGGAAAAAAUGUGAAAGGCUGCCCAUAUUAUGCAGCAUGGUCAAUGUCUGGUGACGCACAAUUGGUAUUUUGCCCUUACUCCUACAUAAUUAAUCCUGUCGUUCGAGCUGGAGUUGAAGUAGAUUUGAAAGGAGCAAUUAUAAUUUUUGAUGAAGCUCACAAUAUGGAAGACAUUGCUCGUGAUGCUGGUAGCAGUAACAUUGAAGAAGAUACUCUAUUCAAAUUGCAGAGUGAACUGGAGCAGAUGAGCUUGGUGCAACCAAUGACAUAUCAGCCCCUGUAUGAGAUAGUAGAGGGGUUGAUAAGCUGGAUAGGACGAAACAAAGAUUUUCUAGCAAAACGCGAUUUUCAACACUAUUUCUCCAGCUGGACUGGAAAUAAUGCUUUAAGAGAGCUCCAGGGAUGUAAUAUUACUCAAGAGUGCUUCCCUAUCUUACUUGAAUGUGCCACAAAGGCAAUCAGAGCGUCAAAGGAAGCAGAGACGGAGCCAAACGUGCCUCAUUUGAGUGGGAUAUCUGUCUUAACAUUGGAAGCAUUGUUCGCUUCCCUUACAUAUUUCUUUUCAAGAAAUGGAAGUCACAUCCUUGACUACCAGCUGGGUUUACAACGUUAUAUGAAAAGAGGAGAUCCUCUUAAAACAUGGACGCAUACCUUCAGCUUAUGGUGCAUGAAUCCGUCUGUUGUUUUCAAAGAUCUUGCUGAUCUCUCUAUGUCAAUCAUUUUAACAUCUGGGACUUUGUCACCGAUGGAUUCUUUCUCAUCUGAACUCGGAAUGCAGUUUGGCUCUUGUUUAGAGGCUCCACAUGUGAUUGACAUCGAUUCACAGGUGUGGGCUUCUGCAAUCUUCAAUGGUCCUGAUAAUUAUCCUCUAAAUGCAAGUUAUAAAACAGCUGGUGCAUACUCAUUCCAGGAUGCUCUAGGCAAAGCCUUGGAAGAAAUUUGUACAAUUGUACCAGGUGGCUCUCUUGUAUUCUUCCCAAGUUAUAAGUUGAUGGAAAAACUGUGCAGUCGUUGGCAGGAAACUGGACAAUGGUCUCGGCUCAGCUUGAAAAAGACCCUUUUUAUUGAGCCAAGAGGUGGAGCCCAGGAAAAGUUUGAGCCAGUUCUGAAGGGUUAUUAUGAUGCUAUACGUGGAAAAAACAAACCCUCGAUUGGAAGAAAGAAAAAGGCUAAGAAAACAGGGCCUGAUACGACUGAGACUCAAGAUGGAUCCAAGAAAGGAGCCGCAUUUCUUGCUGUCUGUAGAGGAAAGGUUUCAGAAGGAAUUGACUUUGCCGAUGACAAUGCCAGGGCAGUGAUAAUCGUUGGCAUUCCGUUUCCAAACAUAAACGAUAUUCAAGUCGGGUUAAAGAAGAAAUAUAACGAUACGUACAAAACAUCCAAAAACCUUCUUGGAGGAAGUGACUGGUACUGCCACCAGGCUUUCCGAGCUCUAAAUCAAGCAGCAGGGCGCUGUAUCCGGCAUAGAUUUGAUUAUGGUGCCGUCAUUUUAUUAGAUGAGCGGUACAGAGAAGAAAGGAUUAGAUCACACAUUUCAAAGUGGCUUAGACAGUCUAUCAAACAGUAUGAAAACUUUGACACGUCCUUGGAAGGGUUGAGAUCCUUUUUCGACAAUGUCAAGGAACGAGUUAAUGGUAAGAUGGUAAGCUCCCAAGAUCCUAUUGCUGAAGAGAAAUCUCCCUCAGUAAACCAAAGCAAAGAGUGCAGAAGAAAGGAAAAUCAGAAGUUGGACAAAUUUAGUCUCUGUGAACCAAAAGACAUUUCAGGUAGGAAGGUGAUUGAUGUAGAGGAGUACACGAAUGUGGAGCCAAAAGAUUCUUCUGUGAUUGAAAGCAAGAAAAUUUUAGAGCAAAGAAAUGAGAAACCAAAAUUGACUGAGCAUUUGAGAUUCGUGCAAGCUUCUAUUUCUAAAUAUGGAACCUCCGUCUCCCAACUAGCUUCUCUAGGUGAUAAACCUGCCCAGAAAUUUUUGCAAGCUAAAAAGGAGACAGAAUGUUGCAAAGAAUUCAUUGAUGUAGAUCAUGGUUUCCAAGAAGAUCCCAGGUAUUGUGAGGCAUCGUCAAUGACCGAUUGUGGUGAGGAUCCAGAAGCAUCUUUUGUUAGGGAAACCCCUAGCAUGAUCAAUGGUACUUCUGCAGCUAGUCCAUGUUCACCAUUGACAUAUGGAAGUCCUAGUCCUACAAUAGCUCAGACAUCUGCGGGGUCCCCUGGUCGAUUUUUAGAGCACCAUCUAUCUGCCACAAGUUUCAUAAAAUCUCCUCUUAUAACCGAGUCUGCGGCCGUAGUCACUCCCGAAAGAUAUUCUACUGGUAACAUUCGCAACAUGAUACAAGAAUCCGAGUCAUCUUUGAGCAUGAGUGUGAAUUCUCGUACUUCAAAGAGGAGAAAGCCCAGCAGCUCACCAUUUAUUGAUCUCGUUGAGGACGAAAACCAUGGUGCAACCAAUGCUGGACCUCCAGAUUGCAUGAGUUUUACGAGAAGAAUCGAGUACGGGCUUGAGGGUACCUCUGUUGAACAAUUACGACAGAGGUCAAAUGUUCUACGGAAAGUCGAAGUGAACAAUAAUAUAUCAUCUACUGUUCCAAUGGUGGAUCAGAGAUUACAGGUAUCUUGUUCACUCUGCAGAAGCCCUUUAGGUUGUCCCGAGAGUCAUUUAUAUCUCAAUUGCUCCUUGACUUCAUCAUUCAAGACAUACUUGCUGUCUCUCCUGAAAGAAACGACCGAAAAAACAGAUAUGCCAACAAGUGUUUCAGUUCUCGUGACCGACAGUUCAUCAGUUGAUCAGCGAGUCUGUAGAAGAACACUGGAAGGAGCAGGACAGGGUAUUUGGUGCGAGCAAGAUGGAUGUGUCUUCAACAAUAUCUUCUGUCCCUUUUGUAGUAACCCAGACAACUGCCUUGGAGUGCAGGUCAUGGCAACUGAUUCAUCAAAUGUCCAGUUGCUGAGCAAAAUAUUAUUCUUUUCCGAUCGCCUAGAAGUUGGGAACUCUAUAGCAACCCAGGAAUACGUUGAGAAGGAAAAGGAGCCCCUUCCAGAGAAAAAAACUGCGGCGGAUAAAGGCAAUGUCUUGAAAUCCAUAGAGAGUUAUGCUUAUUCCCCAAGACAGCAAGAAUCAGGAGGCUGGAGAACUACAAAAUCAAAGCUGAGACUACCGAAACGAGAUAUGCCCUCGAGAUGAAUGAUGUUGUCGUCAACUGGUGCAAGGGGAAUACGAUGUAUCGGUGGUUUCGCUUGUUUUACUGACAUAGCAAUACAGGUGUAUGUUCAAAGGGCAGGCCAUGAGGCAAAGGAAGGGGCCUUGUUUCCAAACCUUAUAUGAGCCGUGACACAUUGUGGGCCCCUCCCCCCCGGCUCAGAAUUUGAGCUAAAAGCAUUGCGGCGCUUUGUGUGUGUGGCCUCAGCUUUCUUCAAAGACAGCAGCAGCAGGAGGAUGGGAAGCACCAAGUAAGAGCCUUCCACAUGGUUUAAUUUUAAGCAGGACGAACAUUGGUUUCAUCACUUCAUUGUCAAUCUAACGUCAUCUUUGAUAUACUGAGGGCCUCAAAAUGGUGAGAUUUACAUAAUUCAUUCGAUCCGUAGCAUAUCUUACACAUUGUAAAUGAAUACAAUAUACGGCGCUAUGAUGCAAAUCUGAAUUCAGGGGUGAAGGUCAGUCAGUCUUGAAGAAUUAAGCACGGACAUUAGUAUACAGUCUUAAAGAAAUGCAAUAAUCGUAUAAUGGAGUAUGCGUGAGCUGCUGCUCUCGAAAGGCGGCGAUGCAUGAGGGACCCCAUGGCAGCGUGUGAGCUAAAACUCGGUCACUACCGCUCUGUUAAUCUCCAAAAGUCAAAUCAGGGCUUAAUAACGGUUUGCUUGGCUUCAUUUGAACGACUUCUUUUGGAAACAUACACAAAUCAAAACAGCGUACAAUACAAAUAAAAAAGGAAACAGCCUAAAUUGUAAAUCAGAAUGUCAAAGAGUACACACAGAGCUGCAAAUUACCCCCACAUCUACACAACAACUCCUAUUCCCCUUUUCCCGCAGUGAGGGCAAAAACCCUAAAAUCAUCCAACAAACCC